AUGGUAGAUCCACAAGUUCCUAACCUCGACAAGUCGGUUUCGCUUCAUCUUCAUAGGAGACUCGAGAGAGAGUUUCAAUGCCCAGUCGACCAGAGCGAUUCCCGGCAAUAUGGACAUCCAGGGCGCCAGCUCGCGGGUCAGGGAUCUCGUUUCGCUCUCUUUGGUUUGGCCAGGCAGCUUCCUGCCGACUUCGUGCUUGCUUUUGCUCGUUCGAAUGAUCCACCAUAUCCUGGGUUAGAGUUAAAUGAGGCGCUUGGCACUAUUUUGUGGCUUUUCGGAUUAUCGGGUAUUUUGAUUACGGAGAACUAG